CUCGGUUUCCUGUUCCGGAGGCGCUGGCGGCGCCGCGAUCUCGGCGGCUGCAGCGUUAGCCUGGCUCUGCUCUGACGGCGACCUCACGGCCCGGGAGCCUUUUUGCAGGAUGCUCUGCCAGGGGCUGUGAAGGAUCCAGAAAUGACUAUGAAUCAACCCAUGUCCUCAAGGAGCUAAUAAUCUAGUGGAGAAGUUAGACAUGUGCACACAUGACUAUACUAUGAGGCAUUCUCUGAGCUCAUAGUCUCUGUGGGAGAUGUGACUCUGACCCAGACAGCACCUCAUGAUGCAAGGCAAUACAUGUCAUAGAAUGUCGUUCCACCCAGGACGAGGGUGUCCCCGAGGGCGAGGAGGACAUGGAGCCAGACCCUCAGCACCAGCCUUCAGGCCUCAGAAUUUAAGGCUGCUUCACCCGCAGCAGCCUCCUGUGCAAUAUCAAUAUGAGCCACCAAGUGCUCCUUCCACCAGCUUCUCAAACUCUCCAGCCCCCAAUUUUCUGCCUCCGAGACCGGAUUUUGUACCCUUCCCUCCACCCAUGCCUCCAUCAGCACAAGGCCCCCUUCCCCCCUGCCCCAUCCGGCCCCCCUUCCCCAACCACCAGAUGAGGCCCCCCUUCCCCGUACCUCCCUGUUUUCCCCCCAUGCCGCCUCCGAUGCCCUGUCCUAACAACCCCCCAGUCUCCGGAGCACCUCCUGGGCAGGGCACGUUCCCCUACAUGAUGCCCCCUCCUUCCAUGCCCCAUCCCCCACCCCCUCCGGUCAUGCCCCAGCAGGUCAAUUAUCAGUACCCUCCUGGGUAUUCGCACCACAAUUUCCCGCCUCCCAACUUUAAUAGCUUCCAGAACAGCCCCAGUUCUUUCCCACCCAGUGCUAAUAACAACAGCAGCCCACAUUUUAGGCAUCUCCCUCCAUACCCACUCCCAAAGGCUCCCAGUGAGAGGAGGUCCCCGGAAAGGCUCAAACACUAUGAUGAUCACCGGCACCGGGAUCACAGUCACGGGCGAGGGGAGAGGCAUCGGUCCCUGGACCGGCGGGAGCGAGGCCGAAGUCCCGACAGGAGAAGAGCAGACAGUCGCUACAGAUCCGAUUAUGACCGAGGGAGAACGCCAUCUCGCCACCGGAGCUAUGAGCGGAGCAGAGAGCGGGAACGGGAGAGACCCAGGCACCGGGACAGCCGAAGAUCACCAUCUCUGGAAAGGUCCUACAAAAAAGAGUAUAAGAGACCUGGAAGGAGUUACGGUUUGCCAGUUGUUCCUGAACCUGCUGGAUGCACACCAGAAUUACCUGGGGAGAUUAUUAAAAAUACAGAUUCUUGGGCCCCACCCCCGGAGACUGUGAAUCAUCGCUCCCCCAGUAGGGAGAAGAAGAGAGCUCGUUGGGAGGAAGAAAAAGACAGAUGGAGUGACAGCCAGAGCUCUGGCAAAGAAAAGAAUUAUACCUCCAUCAAGGAAAAGGAGCUGGAGGAGGCGCCGCCCGACAAGAAUGAGGAGGAGGAGGAGGAGCUCCUUAAGCCUGUGUGGAUUCGGUGUACCCACUCGGAAAACUACUACUCCAGUGACCCCAUGGAUCAGGUGGGGGAUUCUACUGUAGUUGGAACAAGUAGGCUCCGAGACUUAUAUGACAAAUUUGAGGAAGAGCUGGGGAACCGGCAAGAAAAGGCCAAAGCCGCUAGGCCCCCGUGGGAGCCUCCCAAGACAAAGCUGGAUGAAGAUUUAGAAAGUUCCAGUGAAUCCGAAUGUGAGUCUGAUGAGGACAGCACCUGUUCUAGCAGCUCCGACUCUGAAGUUUUUGACGUCAUAGCAGAAAUUAAACGCAAAAAGGCCCAUCCCGACCGGCUUCACGAUGAACUCUGGUACAAUGACCCAGGCCAGAUGAAUGAUGGUCCACUCUGCAAAUGCAGCGCAAAAGCCAGACGCACAGGAAUUAGACACAGCAUCUAUCCCGGAGAAGAGGCCAUCAAGCCCUGUCGUCCUAUGACCAACAAUGCUGGCAGACUUUUCCACUAUCGAAUUACAGUCUCCCCUCCUACAAACUUCUUAACUGACAGGCCCACUGUUAUAGAAUAUGAUGACCAUGAGUAUAUCUUUGAAGGAUUUUCUAUGUUUGCACACGCCCCUCUAACUAAUAUUCCGCUGUGUAAAGUGAUCAGAUUCAACAUAGACUACACGAUCCAUUUCAUCGAAGAGAUGAUGCCUGAGAAUUUUUGUGUGAAGGGACUUGAACUCUUUUCAUUAUUCCUAUUCAGAGAUAUUUUGGAAUUGUAUGACUGGAAUCUUAAAGGUCCUCUGUUUGAAGACAGCCCACCCUGCUGCCCAAGAUUUCAUUUCAUGCCACGUUUUGUAAGAUUCCUUCCAGAUGGAGGGAAGGAAGUGCUGUCCAUGCACCAGAUUCUCCUUUACUUGUUACGGUGCAGCAAAGCGCUGGUCCCGGAGGAGGAGAUCGCCAACAUGCUGCAGUGGGAAGAGCUUGAGUGGCAGAAAUAUGCGGAAGAGUGCAAAGGCAUGAUUGUCACCAACCCCGGCACGAAACCAAGCUCUGUCCGCAUCGAUCAACUGGAUCGUGAACAGUUCAACCCCGAUGUGAUUACUUUUCCAAUAAUCGUUCACUUUGGGAUACGCCCUGCACAGUUGAGUUAUGCAGGAGACCCACAGUACCAGAAACUGUGGAAGAGUUAUGUGAAACUUCGCCACCUCCUAGCAAAUAGUCCCAAAGUCAAACAAACGGACAAACAGAAACUGGCCCAGAGGGAGGAAGCGCUCCAAAAAAUACGACAGAAGAAUACAAUGAGGCGAGAAGUAACAGUGGAGCUCAGUAGCCAAGGAUUCUGGAAAACUGGCAUCCGUUCUGAUGUCUGUCAGCACGCAAUGAUGCUACCUGUUUUGACCCAUCAUAUUCGCUACCACCAAUGCCUAAUGCACCUGGACAAGUUGAUAGGGUAUACUUUCCAAGAUCGUUGUCUGUUACAGCUGGCCAUGACCCACCCGAGCCAUCACUUGAAUUUUGGAAUGAAUCCUGAUCAUGCCAGGAAUUCUUUGUCUAACUGUGGAAUUCGCCAGCCCAAAUAUGGAGACAGAAAAGUUCAUCACAUGCACAUGCGGAAAAAAGGAAUUAACACCUUAAUAAAUAUUAUGUCACGCCUUGGCCAAGAUGACCCAACUCCUUCAAGGAUUAACCACAAUGAGCGGUUGGAGUUCCUGGGUGAUGCUGUCGUUGAGUUUCUGACCAGUGUCCACUUGUACUAUUUGUUUCCUAGUCUGGAGGAAGGAGGGUUAGCGACUUACCGGACUGCCAUCGUCCAGAAUCAACACCUCGCCAUGCUAGCCAAGAAACUGGAACUGGAUCGAUUUAUGCUUUAUGCCCAUGGACCCGACCUUUGCAGAGAAUCAGACCUUCGACAUGCAAUGGCUAAUUGUUUUGAAGCAUUAAUAGGAGCUGUUUACUAUGGAGGGAGGUCUGGGGAACUGAUGAAGGGUAGAACUGGGAUUCCAAUCUGGACCUUUUCCCUGACACCCAGGUGCAGCAGAACCUCGUCUCCGGGUGCAGAGAGGAUGAAAGGAGACGGACACAGUGGAAAUAGUCUUGUUGACCUGCGAGAAGUCUGGCUCAAUUAUCCUCUCCACCCACUCCAGCUGCAAGAGCCAAAUACUGAUCGACAACUUAUUGAGACUUCUCCAGUCCUACAGAAACUUACUGAGUUUGAGGAAGCAAUUGGAGUAAUUUUUACUCAUGUUCGGCUUCUGGCAAGAGCAUUCACGUUGAGAACUGUGGGAUUUAACCAUCUGACCCUAGGCCACAACCAGAGGAUGGAAUUCCUAGGCGACUCCAUAAUGCAGCUGGUAGCCACAGAGUACUUAUUCAUUCAUUUCCCAGAUCAUCAUGAAGGACACUUAACUUUGCUGCGAAGCUCUCUGGUGAAUAACAGGACCCAAGCCAAGGUGGCGGAGGAGCUGGGCAUGCAGGAGUACGCCAUCACCAAUGACAAGACCAAGAGGCCCGUGGCCCUGAGGACCAAGACGCUGGCAGACCUUUUGGAAUCAUUUAUUGCAGCAUUGUACAUUGACAAGGAUUUGGAAUAUGUCCAUACUUUCAUGAAUGUUUGUUUCUUUCCACGAUUAAAAGAGUUCAUUUUGAAUCAGGAUUGGAAUGACCCCAAGUCCCAGCUUCAGCAGUGUUGUCUGACACUUAGGACGGAAGGAAAAGAACCAGACAUUCCUCUGUACAAGACUCUGCAAACAGUGGGGCCAUCCCACGCUAGAACCUACACGGUGGCUGUUUACUUCAAGGGAGAAAGAAUAGGCUGUGGGAAGGGACCAAGUAUCCAGCAAGCGGAAAUGGGAGCAGCAAUGGAUGCACUUGAAAAAUAUAACUUUCCCCAGAUGGCCCAUCAGAAGCGGUUCAUUGAACGGAAAUACAGACAAGAGUUAAAAGAAAUGAGGUGGGAAAGAGAACAUCAAGAGAAAGAGCCAGAUGAGACCGAAGACAUAAAGAAAUAAAGGAGGACACGGACAUCAUGGCGUAUUUGCUUGCUUAAUAACUGUGACUGUUGCCCAUUGAGUUGUACCCCAGUUUUUCUACAGACAGUGAAUGAAGUGUGUGGUUGAAAUAAAACCCAGUCAAAUCAC